UAACGUCAUCAUUAUUCAUUAGACAUCAGACACUAGCAAGUGGGAAACUAGAAGAAGAUAAGGAAGGUGACAUGGAGGUAGUAAAAUAUGGAAUAAUCGGUGUAGGAAUGAUGGGUAGAGAACACAUGUUGAAUCUUUAUCAUCUGAGAUCGCAAGGUGUUUCUGUUGUUUGUGUUGCUGAUCCUCAUCUCCCUUCUCAACAACAUGCCAUCAAGCUUGCUCAGUCUCUUGACUUCUCUCUUCAGGUGUUUUCAGGGCAUCAGGAGCUAUUAGAUAGCGGACUUUGUGAUGUGGUGGUUGUUUCAUCUCCGAACAUGACUCAUUUUGAAAUCCUCAUGGAUAUCAUUAGCCAUCCGAAACCUCAUCACGUGCUAGUGGAGAAGCCUCUCUGCACAACCAUAUCUGACUGUCAGAAGGUUGUAGAGGCUUCUAAAAAGAGACCCGAUAUGCUGGUACAAGUUGGACUGGAGUACAGAUACAUGCCACCUGUUGCGAAGCUAAUAGACAUAGUUAAAGGCGGAACAUUAGGAAAUGUGAAAAUGGUGGCAUUCCGGGAGCAUCGAUUCCCAUUUUUGGUAAAGGUCAACAAUUGGAACAGGUUCAAUCGUAAUAGUGGGGGAACACUUGUCGAAAAAUGCUGCCACUUUUUUGAUCUCAUGAGGCUGUUUGUUGGUGCUCAUCCUGUUCGUGUAAUGGCAUCUGGAGGUAUCGACGUUAAUCACAAAGAUGAAGUGUAUGAUGGAGAGGUGCCUGAUAUUAUUGACAAUGCAUAUGUAAUUGUUGAAUUUGAUAAUGGAUCGCGUGGCAUGCUUGACCUGUGUAUGUUUGCUGAAGGCAGUAAAAACGAACAAGAAAUAUCUGUUGUCGGUGAUAUUGGAAAGGGCGAGGCCCUUAUUCCAGAAAAUAUUGUGCGGUUUGGUAUGCGAACGAAUGGAAGAGAGGGAGUUCAGACCCUAAAGACCAUAGAUGACCGAAUAAAGUAUGACGGGCUGCACCAUGGUUCUAGCUAUCUAGAGCACCUUAACUUUUUGGCUGCAAUAAGAGCAAAAGGCUCAGAACCUCCAGCCGUAGAUUUGAAUGAUGGUUUGAUUUCAGUAGCUAUAGGAGUUGCAGCACAAGUCUCUAUCGAAGAGGGCCGAUUUGUUACAAUUGAGGAGGUGACUGGCAAGAAUAAUCUCUCCCCUUCCUGUUGAUGUAGUAGUGGUGAUCUUUUCAGCA